UCCAACUGUUAUCGUUAUCUCUCUCCCACCUCAACUUCUUCUCACUCUUUCUCUCUCUAAAAUCGCCAUGGUUUCCUCACUUUCUCUCUCCUCACCACACCUACACUCUCUUCAUCAACAGAACCAGCAUCUUACUCUCUCUCCUACUUUCUCUCUCUUCCCCGUUCGAAUUCUCUUCAAUUCCUCAUCUUCCCCCAAAAAAGUUGCAUCAAAUUCAAUCAGGUGCAGCAGCAACGACGGUUCUUCUACUCCUGCAACUGCUCGGAAGCUCGGAGUGUCAGUUUACAAGCCUAAAUCCUACGAAGUUCUCGUUGCAGAUGCCGCUAAUUCUCUCGCCUCUGCUCUCGAUGACGGCAAAACGCGCCUCGAAAUUGAUUUCCCGCCAUUACCUACCAGCAUUUCUUCAUAUAAGGGAUCUUCAGAUGAGUUUACUGAUGCCAAUGUGCAACUUGCAUUGGCUGUUGUAAGGAAGCUACAAGAAAUUAGGGAAACCCGAGCUCGCAUUGUGUUCCCUGACAAGCCAGAAAGACGUAGAGCCUCAGAGCUAUUCAAAUCAGCUAUUGAUUUGGUUGACGGAAUCACUAUCGGUUCGUUGGAUGAUAUUCCAGCUGGCCCUGUUUCUUCCUUCUUCAAAUCUAUAAGGAACACACUCGAUUUUGAUUUUGACGAUGAAAAUGAAGAUAGGUGGCAGUCUGACAAACCGCCAACGCUUUAUGUAUUCAUUUGUUGCAGCACCCGUGAACUUGCUACCAUCGAGACAUAUCUGGAAAAAUUUGGGGCAUCAACACCCGCGCUUCUAUUUAAUCUGGAACUUGAGACGUUGCGAGCUGACCUUGGUCUUCUUGGUUUUCCACCGAAAGAUUUACACUACCGAUUUCUUUCUCAAUUUACUCCGGUUUUUUAUAUUCGGAUAAGAGAGUAUUCCAAGACAGUAGCAGUAGCACCAUAUAUUGUGAAUUACACUGGGGCCCUCUUCCGCCAAUACCCUGGACCCUGGCAGGUGAUGCUUAAGCAAACGGAUAAUUCGUAUGCUUGUGUUGCUGAAAGUGAAACCCGCUUCACCCUUAAUGAAACGAAAGAAGAACUGCUAAGGGUUCUUGGACUGAAGGAGGAACAAGGAAGCCAACUUGAGUUCCUUCGCAGGGGCUAUAAGACUGCAACAUGGUGGGAGGAAGACGUUGAUUUGGAGUUAUCAUCAGCAUGGCGUAACUAAGUUGAACCCGAUAAAAAAACGGGGCCUAGUUAUGAUCAUUUUAUAUUGUUUUUACUUGUAUAUCAAUCAGUACACAUAUUUCCUCUUGAUUUUUUUUCUAAAGUUUUAUAUACUUCCAUUUUUGUCACUAGGUCUCCUAUUGGUCAUAGUGAAGAAUAUAUAUGUAUCGUCGUAGAUUUAUUUUUAUUGGACAAUUAACAUCUAAUGCAUAAUUUUCUAUGGA